AUGUCCCUCCAUCUCGAGUCAAUCCCCGAGGGUCAACGCGUGGGAGAAUGGCGAACCUCAUUUGGAACCAUACAGGAAUCCUGUCUGAUGAGGUAUUUCAUCGAAGAACUCUCUCCCUGGUUUGAUCAUUGUGAUGACCGUCGACAUUUUCAACUGGAGGUGCCUCGCCGUGCCCGUCACUGUCCUACUCUUCGGAACGCGAUUUGUGCAGUGGCCGCACGUCAUUUAUGCCGUCUUCCAAAAUACAAGACUUCUCAUGGCAUUGUAUACUGUGGCCAAUCACUUCCAAACUUGAAGAAUUCAAGUGCCCUCGAGUACAUGUUGAAGUGCAUUCCAGAUCUCAUUCAAUUCCCCAAGACACAAGAUCCUACCCAUCAAGAGAACAUCAUGGCAGCCACUGUGAUACUACGCCAGUACGAAGAGAUGGAUGAAGAAAUGGACGAAGGCGAUAUUAAUGGAAAUUACCAGGUUGAUGGAAGAGUCAAUUUUCUGGCGAUCACACAAACCAUCAUAGACUCUAUGAUUGCGUCCCCUCUCGACCAGUCUCUGGCGAAGGCGGCAUAUUGGAUCACUGUGCGACAAGAGAUCUACUACGCCUUGACAAGAGAGACUGUUCCGCACCUACGCUUUGAUUCGGAUCUUUGGCAAAGCACCGCUGUGGCCAAUCAUAUGAUUCUAUUUGCGGGGGAGGUUGCCACUUGGCGCUGGGGGCAGCAGUUACGAGAGGAUUGGGCGCAGCUCAAGUUAAAAGAGCAGCAGCUUGUGCAUGAUUCAAUCGGAGAACUUGAGCCAAUCCUUGAGCUUAAAGCGGACCGAACGAAAGGAGAAAUAUUCCCUACCACCUGGUACAGCUUUGACAUCCAGGUUACGGCAAUCCAACACUUUAGACUUGCCCAGAUGAUCUUGACAGGAGAAAAUCCUCACCUUGAAAACGCAACUCGUGCUAUACAUCGAAAGACAGAGGCUCAGGUUCGAUCAAUCGUGUUAGAUAUAUGUGGAAUCGCCAUGAACCAUCCUCGAGUACAGCCUGCGCUCGUCAAUGCAGUGAUUGCGACCACUUUAUAUGGCGAAUACUUUACGGACCCGGUGGAACGAGAUGCCUUGGUAGGCAUCAUCAAUAAAACCAAAGAUAUACAUGCCUGGCCGAUGAGGAAGCCCUACCAAACAGUCCAGCGACGAUGGGAAUUGAUGGAUAGCGCAGAAAUAUAG